GGGCAACUGGACCACGCAGCCAGGCCCUGGUUCCAAUCCAGACCUGACAGAUGAAGAGAAGGAGAUUAUAAACAGCGUGAUUGCCCGGGCUGAGAAAAUGGAGACCAUGGAGCAGGAGAGAAUCGGGCGCUUGAUCAACCGCCUGGACGACAUAAAGAAGACGGUGUGUGGGGACGGACUGUCCCGCUGUUUGCUGUGUGGGGAGCAGCUGGGUUCACCUGGGGUCAGCUCAGUGGUUUGUGAGGACUGCAAAAAGAACAUGUGUACCAAGUGUGGUACACAGUGUGGCAGUCGGCCACGUGCUGUUUGGCUUUGCAAGAUCUGCAGAGAACAGCGAGAGGUGUGGAAGAGGUCUGGGGCCUGGUUCUUCAAAGGUUUUCCGAAACAUUUCUUGCCGUCACCGAUGCCAUUAUCCAAACCAAGAGAGGCCGGAGCCCAUGAGGCAGCCGAGCCCAAGGGGCCACCAGCCCCUAAGCCCAGAGGGGCAGUAACUCAAGCACAACCUGCAGGCCCAGAGCCACAGGGCCGUGCUGGUUACCCACCAGUGGCCCCGAAACCAUCGGCGGUGCCCAUGGCCACAGGCGGGGCUGGCCCUCAGGAGGCGGGGCAGGGUGGCCCUGUGGUGAUGAAGAAGAUGGUUCCCGUGCAGAGCGCCAGGCCGCAGCCGGCGUCCUCGCUCGCCAUGGCUCAGCAGGGUCAAGUGGCAGGAGACGGUGGUGGGUUCUCCUCCGCUACAGCUCCUCCAGAGCAGAGAGCGCCCCCUGCAGUCAGAGAGGAGAGGAGGCAGCCGGCCACAUACGGUUCGGCUCCUGUCCGACAGCAAGCUCCCCCAGCCGAGGAGGAGGAGGAGGCCAACGACUAUGACUCUGAUGAAGCCACUACUCUGGGCUCUCUGGAGUUCAGCCUGCACUACGAACAGGAGAGCAACAGCCUCCACUGCAGCAUCCUCAAAGGAAAGGGACUGAAGCCCAUGGACUCCAACGGGUUGGCAGAUCCUUAUGUCAAGCUUCAUCUGCUGCCGGGGGCUAGUAAGUCUAACAAGCUACGCACAAAGACCUUGAGAAACACCCGCAACCCCGCGUGGAAUGAGACGCUCACCUACCACGGCCUGACGGAUGAGGACAUGCAGCGCAAGACCCUCAGGCUCUCCGUCUGUGAUGAAGACAAGUUCGGGCACAAUGAAUUUAUUGGGGAAACCCGAGUGGCGCUGAAGAAACUGAAGAUGAACCAGAAGAAAAACUUUAACGUGUGUCUGGAAAGAGUCAUCCCUACGAAGAAAACCGCAACAGCCGGGGCGGCCAGAGGCAUAGCUCUCUACGAAGAUGAGCAAGGGAAGGAGGGCGGAGAGGUAGAAGAGCGCGGCCGGGUCCUGAUCUCCCUCAUGUACAGCUCCCCGCAGAACCGCCUCAUUGUGGGUGUCGUGCGCUGCGUUCACUUGGCUGCCAUGGAUGCUAAUGGAUACUCUGACCCUUAUGUCAAAAUAUGUCUGAAACCUGACAUGGGGAAGAAGGGCAAGAGCAAAACACAAAUCAAAAAGAGAACUUUAAACCCAGAGUUUAAUGAGGAAUUCAGCUAUGACAUCAAACACAGCGACCUGGCUAAAAAGUCUUUAGACAUCUCUGUGUGGGAUUACGACAUCGGGAAGUCCAACGACUACAUCGGCGGGUGUCAGCUGGGAAUCACCGCCAAAGGAGAGCGGCUGAAGCACUGGUACGAGUGUCUGAAGAACAAGGACAAGAAGAUCGAGCGCUGGCACACCCUCUACAACGAGAACCACGUCGCUAGCGAUUAACCACUUGCCCCACCCAGGCCACAGCAUGAGCUAAAACCUUUCCUCCCUACUUGGCAUCUCCUAAAGCACCUUCUCCGCCUCACUUUGUUGUGUUUAUCUAUUUGUUCUCUACCUGACCGUCACACAGGCACUGCUCGCAUCCUUCCUUCUCCCCGAUGUAGACAACUCUCUCCCCGUCCUCUUAUCAAUGAAAUUACCCGCCUGUGCUGAUACCUAAUCUGCCUCUGGGACAAAUCAUGGCAGAAAUGAAUUAGAGAUUUGAUCAACGUAAGCGAGAAAUCUAUCAACCAACAGCUGCAUAAAGAGCAUCAUGCCUGAUGUUUAAAUAGUGUGCCGAGCUUAAUGAAUUCUCCGCUGAAGGUAUUAAGAGUUUGAAUUGCGCUGGCACAGAAAAAGAAAAGCAAUAUUUUUUCGGUGUCUUAAUUCAAAAACGUAUUUGUCGAGCUUGUAAAAAACUUCAUUUAAGCUCGUGAGUGAAUGUCAGGGUAUUAUUUUAGAUUUUUCAUGUGAUUUCCUCGCGCUCAGUGAACUGUGUUAAGCAUGCCAAGCCACAGACAUAAGAAAACACGCAGCUGCACCUUAAGAUAUUUGAACUGUGCCCACUGUCCUGAACAUAGUGUAUAUUUCCAUGAAGAAGAAAUGUUUACAUACUGAUACAUUGCUCAGGUUAGGAUAGACAUCUGAUGCACAGAUGAUGCAUACGUCAGUGGACCAUGAGCUUGAUGAGUCUGUCAUCAGUUGCUGUUAAUUUGUGAUUUAAAAACUAUAGCACACCUAGUUAAAGAUUAGGAGUUUCAAUGUUUGUCUAUUGAAGCUGUGAAUUUUAAGUUAGUGGGAGGUAUUAACUGUGUGAUUAGAGGAACUGAAACGUGAACGACGACGUUCUCUUUCCAGAUGAUUCUCUCAGCUGUGGUUUCGCAGGAGAAAACCGAUUCUCCUCCUGCUACCUCUUCUCUCCUGAAGCUGGCGGUUUUCUACUGCAGUGUUUACAUGGUCACGGUUCUUACAGGUUUCCCUUAAAAAAAAUAUAUAGAAAACUAAAAACCUGGAAGCUCUGCUAAACAUAGAGAGAAGGUGGGACAGGUUAUGUCAAAAGAAUGUGCAGCUUUACCUGCAUGCACUGUGCCUGGUGCGGCCAAGGCCCACUUCUACGUCAAUCCUUUGCACAAAGCAGGGCGCUUCUUUCCCUCUGCCACAUCCCAACCACUCAAGGCUUUAGUGUAUAUUUGUUCACUGAUCACAGCAAACCAAGGAAAGCACACCUUACAAAGUGGAAUGACCUCAAUUUAUACAGCUGUUUGCAAGUUAUUCCAACGUCACAAAGAUGAAAAGUAAAAAAACUAUGCAUGAAAUGUCUUGUGGUUCAAGAGAUAUAUAAAUUUAAUUUCUUACAAAGUAUAUAUAUAUAUAUAUAUACUUUGUAAGAAAUUAAUGCUAUUGUAAUUCCAUUAAUGUUUACACUUCUUCCCUAUAACAUUCCUGUUAAUUCUUUAAAUACAAGAGGACAUAUGCUGCAUGACUAUGAUGACUAUUGAUGUAAUCUGAAUAAUCCGGUUUGAUAGCAUUCACUGGAUAGAGAAAAAUAAACUAAGCACAUGGACAAAAAGAUCAGACUUGAUCCAACUCUAUCAGUAGCAGACGCUAAGAUUAACUUCAUUCUUUGAACGAGACUUUAUGUACAUACACACUCAAAUCUCUCCUGUGUCUUGUUUUCUCUGUGCAGCCACUCUGCCCCCCUGUGGCAGAUCUUAAAACAACCACCAGUAGCACCACACAUACAAUGUUGUACUAUCAGUCAGCUAGACAUCAUCAGAUGAUGAUCGACAUAAAUUAUAAUCAAUAUUUUUGGUUUAUUUUUUGAACAGGCUUCUCUUUGAGCUCAACCUAUAUCUGUCUUCUACUUGAUUCUGACAGUUCAGUGGAAAUUUCUCGG